AUGCGCGUGCUCGCAGAAUGCUGGGAGCCCAGUGAUGCCAUAAGAUGCUUUGAUAAGCAGUAUGAACACAAGGGCAGGUGCUGCAACCGGUGUCAGCCAGGGGAAAAGCUGGUCUCUGAAUGCAAUGGCACAGAAGACUCUGUCUGCGCCCGCUGUGAGAGCGGACACUAUCAGCAGAGCUGGACCAAGGAGAGGCACUGUGCCCCCCACGAUAUCUGUGAAGACAAUGCUGGCCUCAUCGUGAAGACACAAGGAAAUGCAACGCACAACACUGUGUGCCAGUGCCGGGACGGCAUGCACUGCUCUGACAUCAGCUGCCAGACCUGUGUGGAGAACCAGCCCUGCCAACACGGCUUUGGCUUCGUGGCAGCCAAGGCUGUGGCCCGGAUGUCGUCCCCCUGUGAGCCCUGUGCAGAAGGCACCUUCUCCAAUGUCUCUUCUAAAACCGAGCCAUGCCAUCCCUGGACAAGCUGUGAGGAAAAGGGGCUGGUGGUGAAGGCAAAAGGGACGAACACCUCGGAUGUGAUCUGUGAGUCGGGCAGGCGCUCCUCGCUAUCGGUGCUGAUCCCCAUCACGGCCGCAGUCGUCACGUGCCUUGUGGGCAUCUGCAUCUACUGCCUGGUCCACACAGAUCCCAGGCGACGGGUGCAGAAGCAGAUAGAGCCUGGGAAGCCCAGAGAGAGCCGGGAGGCCCAGCAGCCCAUGGAGGUGGGGGAGGAAGCCUUCCCUGUGCAGGAGACCCUGCUCGGGGGCCAGCCCGUGGCCCAGGAGGAUGGCAAGGAGAGCCGCAUCUCGGAGCAGGAGAGGCUGUGAGGGCGCAGGGCACUGCCUCCAACAGUAGCACAGACCGGGGCCAGCACCAUCUCUUCUGUCCCCUCUCCAGCUGGGGAGGAAAUCUAGCAUCUGGCCUGGCUGCAAAUGAUGUGACGCUGCAGUGGACCAUGGCAUGGCCCCCCCCCAUGGGGAUACCUCAGCAGUGCUUGGUCUGGCUGCCUGCCCAGGGCUGCCAUAGCGGAGCAAAGCUCAGCUGCCUGCAUGGGGAUGCAAGAGGAGAGCCCAG